AUGGCCUCAAGUUUUGGUGGUGACAUACCAAGAAUCAAAGUCGAAUCCGGUGCCCACAACGGCCAGGGGGCCCAGAUCAAGCGAGAUCCCGACGCAUCAGGCAACUCUCCAGGAGGUUAUGCGGAAGAGGACAUCUAUGAAGAUGCAGGCGACUUAGAUUUUGCAGAUUCGGGGCAGAACGUCUUCCUUGCUCGAUUGCCCAAAUUCCUCUGGGAGUCAUGGUCCCAUCUGGAUGAUGAUGAGGAGGUUCAGAUUGGCAGAAUACGAAUUGAGGGACAGCCUGGGGACAUCAAAAGAGUAAAAGACUACCUAAUAUCGAGAGUCGUGAAGUUGCUGAGAUUUCGCAUGCAGAUGAGCCUAAUGCUUGAUGACUUACCCAAGAACAGAGAUCUGCCAAACGAUUACAAUAUGCAUGUGACCCACCUAGAUUCAUUCAACACUUAUGUCUUCAACGAAAAAGACUUGCCGGGUUAUAGACAGUAUCAGCCCGACAAAGCGCCUAUGCACUGGCUGGCCCGUAAGAAGCAGGCGAAUAGAGUUGAAAAGAGUAAAUCGCAUUCGCAAUACCGCAGAGCAGUACCAAAGCAAACAUCUUUGAUCGGCCAAGUGCGCACUGAAAUCAACUGUCAACCCGUAGAGAAUAGCCGUUAUCAACGCUUCACGAACCAACGCGCUCUGCUGUCUCUACGGCCUAAGCAAAAGACAAAGCUGCUCGAGGAUACUCCUUCUGGAAAUGUGCUGAAUCCUGGAACUAUCGGCGCACCAGCAGACUUUAGGAACUUUAUUGACAAGGCUGGGACAAACCGCCGAAAGGGUCCACUGCUCAAGACGGCACGCAUCGCACAGAAUGAGCUGCUUGACCUAAUCUAUGAAUGCUUCAAGGAAUAUACGUAUUGGCCCUUCAAAGUACUUAAGCAAAGGGUGCAACAGCCGGAAAGCUUCCUGAAGAGUACUCUCGAGAUGAUUGCAUAUCAGAAUAAGUCGGGCUCGCACAUGCUAGAAUGGCAACUCAAACCAGAAGCGAAGGAGGCUACUUAUGCAGGUACUGCAGGUUUUGGCGGAGCAAAGGAUGAGGCUGCGCCAGAUGAUGGUCUAAUGGCCAGUUUUGAUGGUGUUGACGACCUGGACUAUGAUGAUGGGACUGAGAUGGAGGAUGUGAAGCUAGAAUUGGAAUCUUGA